AUUUGUUGCCUUGUAUGCCCUUUUCUCCCUCUUAAACCAAAAGCGACACCAAACACUCCCUUACACGGCUGGUAACCUGGUUCCCUUUAUUUGCUCCCAUUGCAACCUUAUCUGCCAAUUCAAAGUCCUUUCUUCUUUCUCAAUUGAAGCUGCAGCUAUGGCUACUCAACAAGUCAUCAAAGUCGCCGGCCUCUGCGGCUCUCUGCGGAAAGGUUCCUACAACCGUGGUCUCCUCCGCGCAGAUGAUGCUGAUUUAGUAGCUAAUUACUGGUUCUAGCAAUGGAGAUAAGCAAGGAAGGGAUGGAGGGAAUCGAGAUAGAGUACGUCGAUAUAUCGGCGUUACCGUUUCUAAACACCGAUCUCGAGGUCAACGGAACCUUCCCUCUGGCAGUGGAGGAGUUCCGCCGGAAGAUUCUCAAAGCUGAUAGCAUCCUUUUUGCCUCCCCCGAGUACAACUACUCCGUCAAUGGACCAUUAAAAAAUGCUAUUGAUUGGGCAUCUCGACCCCCAAACGUUUGGGGAGACAAAGCAGCUGCGAUCAUUAGUGCCGGAGGAGACAUGGGCGGUGGACGGGGACAGUACCAUCUCCGGCAGAUUGGAGUCUACCUUGACCUUCAUUUCAUUAACAAGCCUGAAUUUUAUGUUGCUGCUUUUCAGCCCCCUUACAAGUUUGACAGUGAUGGGAAUCUGUUAGAUGCUAAAACCAGGGAGAAAUUGAAAGUUGUUCUUCUGUCUUUGCAAGCAUUCACACUGAGGCUGCAAGGUAAGACCAGCAAGUGAUCUUCUGGACACAAGCUGGUUUCAUUACUUUCAUGUAUUUGUGGAGAGUGAAAAUAAUGCCAGUCAUGUGUUCAAUACCAUAGAGAUUUGAAGAAUUGCUAGUUUGUAUGGAAUACUAAAAAUGCCAACACCUCAUUUACCUCCACCUUGUUGGGCUUGGUUAUGUAACUAAUAGUGAUACUGUUUUAUGCCCUUGAUGUAAAAGCUUUCGAUCAAUGUUCGUAAUUGCGUAUUGCCGUAUUGCGUAAUCAUGACGGAUUUUUAGAAUUGCAUAUAUAUAUAUAUAUAUAUAUAGGGUUGGGUUC